AUGGGCACCCGUCUGAAGGACCGUAUUGCUAUCAUAACCGGCGCGUCCUCUGGACUAGGCAAAGGAAUCGCUCUCACAUUCGCGGCUAGUGGAGCCCGAAUCGUCUGCGCAGACCUCAAAUCAGUCGGUGUCGAACAAGAAAUUACUGCCAAACACGGCGAAAACACGGCUAUCUUUGUCAAAUGCGACGUUACUAAAGAAGGCGAGAUCCAACAUCUGAUCCAAGAGGCAGUCCGAUUCGGCGGUCGAUUAGACAUUAUCUGCAAUUUCGCUGGCGUGGCCAAAGAAACCAACCCCCAGAAAAGGAACUUACGUGCUCACGAAGCUUCGACGGAGGAUUUUGAUCUAACGUUAGCGGUUAACACACGUGGACUUUUCCUUUGUUGCAAGAGGCCUCAGGGGAUUACCGUUCCAGACUAUUACGCCCAAAACAAGAUCCACGUCAAUGCUAUCUGUCCGGGCUUCGUCGCCACCGGAAUGACAGCCCCAGGAGAGUCCGUCGGCUCUGAUGAGUUCUCAGAGCGAAUUAAGUCACUCCAUCCGUGGCGCGAGGUCGGUUAUGCAGAAGACAUGGCUAAUGGAGCACUUUUUCUAUGCAGCGAUGAAUCAGCCUGGAUUACCGGCCAUCCUUUGGUAGUCGAUGGCGGCUACCUUGCAGGCUGA